CUCACCAUAAUCAACAAUAAUCAUUUUUACUGCCUAUAUUUAGUGCACAUAUUCACUGCCCAUGAAAAAUGUGAUUGUAGUGUAGCAUGUAAAUCUGUACAUGAGAGGUAAAUUCAUUCCAAAAUGGCUAAAAUAGAUACGAAGGCAUUCAUCAUAGCUAAUACUCUGUAUGUAAUUGCAAUUUGGCCACUCACAAAAAGUGAAGAAAAGAAACCCCAAAACAGAUAAAAGUACUCCGUACUAAAUUUGAGCGACAACCUUAGGCCUUAGAUCUAAUCCCUCGUAUCUCUCAUUGCGUAUCACAAACAGAGCGGAGAGUGCUCACUCUUGAACGCUAUCAACGAAUCUCUCCACCUCUAGCCUCACACUUCUUUUUCCCGUUCGAAUUCGAAAUCAAUUUAUCUAUUGCGGAUGUCAAACGGUGGCUGAACGGUUGGACGAUGGGACAGAUCGAAGGAAAUCGUGGCCAUGAGAAAUCGAUCCCCAAAUCUGCCAGAACCGCCGGAAUCAAAGCCUCCUCAUCCUAAUCUUGUUGAUAUGGAUGAAGAUGAGAAAGAGGUUGGAUGAAAGAGGCAGACGGUGGCUGGGCGGAGAUGGUAGGCGGCUGAGCGGCGAUGGUAGACGGCUGGACGGAGGGGCAGGGGAGACCGUACGGCAAGUGGGCUACAACUAGGGAGUGCGAAAAGCUAGUGCUGACGGACCACCUGUAACAGCAACACCAAAGAAGAAACAGAAGAUGUUUGACAGUUAUCCUGAUCAUUCCACAGAGGAACCGACAGAGAAGAUCCGAGGAGAGCUAGACAGUGUGAAGAAAGAGAUAAAUCUCCUUUCACAGAAAAAAUCUGAGGCAAUAAAGUGUUUGCAAGAUGCCCAAACACUGAUCACUAUCUUACGCAGGGAUAAGGAAAACGCACUUAAGAGGGCUAAUCAGGCUGGACAUGCAAAAGUUAAGUUGCAGGAUGAAGUUACCAAUCUCAAGGCUGAUCUAGACAAGCUCAAGACUGAUUUGAUUGUUAAGGGGGUUGAGGUUGUAACUGCGGUUGAAUCUUUCAAGAACUCCAAAGAGUUUGCCGACAUUAAGCAGGAGUGGGAUGAUCUAUUAAGGAAUGAGCUAAAUGAAGCUCACAAGGAGAUGUGUAACCUUCGCAAGGAGAAGCAGGAUGCUAUCAACAAAGUUAGGAAAUUAGAAGACGAGGUGGUUAAGCUAAACAAAGAGAGGCGGGAAGUUGAAGAUAAGAUGGUUGAGCUCCGCAAAGAAAAGCAAAAUGCAGUCAAUCGUACCAUCCAGCUGAAGCUGGAGGUGGCUAAGCUCCAUAAGGAAAAGCAAAAUGUGAAUGAUAAAUCGAGCCAAGUUGAGCAGCAGAUGGUUAAAUUCAAGGCUGACAUUAAGAAGCUUUUGCAACUAUGAUUUUAUUUCCGUAAUCAGCUUCUGAAGGUAAGUAGUUGCUAAAUUUUGUACUCCGUAAAACAUUAGUGGGUUAGCCUUUAGUUGUUGGGUUAUGAAGUGUCUCUGAUCUUUUGCCUAUAUCUAUGAAUUUAGUCAGGGGGUUAAUCAAUCUAGGAUUUAUUAGGUUUUCAAGACUUCUAAUGUUUGUAGAUAUUUCAUCAAGUAUGCAAGUACUGGUUCAAUGUUUGGUAGGUAUUCAAUCCUGACUUUUAAAGUCAUUUGAAAAAAAGUUUGUACCUUCAAACAUGAGGUUUUUCACCUGCUCUUUGUUCCUUGAACGUUGGUGGAUGAGUUUAAACCUCAUGACAAG